AUGUGGAUUGUGCUGGUGCCGCUGGUCUUGGUUAUUGGUGCUUGGAUUGUAUAUCGAAAGAAUGCCAGAACGUUGGAAGUUGCCAAGCAGUACCAUGGACCACCUGCUUUGCCAAUUAUAGGCAAUGGCUUCUGGUUCCUAAAUAAAUCGCCCGUUGAAAUUUUCCGAGCUCUUGAAGUCGUCAUAACAACCUACGGAGAAUACUUUCGCUUCUGGCAAGGACCGUUGCUCCAGAUAUAUGUGGGAAGACCAUCCAUCGUUGAGAGCAUCCUCACCAAUCGCCACUUAACUGAUAAAUCCAGUGAGUACAACUUUCUCUCGGAUUGGCUUGGCGACGGACUGCUGUUGAGCAAACAGAAAAAAUGGCACGCGCGCAGGAAAGCGAUCACUCCGGCUUUCCACUUCAAAAUUCUGGAUCAGUUCGUGGAAGUGUUCGACCGAAAUGCUUCAGAAUUGGUCGAUGUGCUGGGUUCAUAUGCUGAAAGCGGUGCAAUUGUAGACAUUUUCCCAUACGUACUUCUCUACACACUGGACGUUAUAUGUGAAACGGCAAUGGGUACUUCGGUAAAAGCCCUCCGAAACGCUGACUCUGAGUAUGUGCAGGCAGUAAGGGAAGCAGCUACCAUUUCCAUAACACGUAUGGUCGAUAUGAUCAAACGAACGCCGCUUUUCUAUCUAACACCUAGCUACAUGCGUCUUCGAAAAAUGCUUAAAAUCCUGCAUGGCUACACCGACAACGUGAUCAUUUCCCGUAGACAACAAUUAAUUGACCACGGAAGUAACGACAUUUCACAAUUACAGUCUAACGACGAUGGUAGUGAAAUCGGACAAAAGAAACGCGAGGUUUUCUUGGACCUAUUGCUACAGGCUAGCAUUGACGGCAAACCAUUAACUAAUUUAGAAAUUCGUGAGGAAGUGGACACCUUCAUGUUUGAAGGCCAUGACACGACUACGUCGGCGGUUUCUUUUACGUUAUAUAAUUUAGCCAAAUAUCCUAUUGUACAGCAGAAAGCAUACGAAGAGGUAGUAUCCGUGAUGGGAGGAAAUCCUGAAAAGGCAAUAGAUAUGUCUCAUCUGCAAGACUUAGCCUAUCUGGAGAUGGUGAUCAAGGAAACACUUCGACUGUACCCCUCCGUUCCGUUGAUCGGCAGACGGUGCGUGAAGGAAGUUACGAUCGAGGGUAAAACGAUUCCGGCAGGAGCAAACAUCAUCAUCGGCAUAUACUUCAUGGGUCGGGAUCCGAACUACUUCGAACGACCGUUGGAGUUCAUCCCGGAACGUUUCGAAGGUGAAAAAUCGGUCGAAAAGUUCAACCCAUACAAGUACAUUCCCUUCAGCGCCGGUCCCCGGAAUUGCAUUGGUCAAAAAUUCGCACUCAACGAGUUGAAGAGUGUAUUAUCGAAACUUUUGCGCCAUUAUGAAUUUAUUCUGCCGGUAGACAGUGACGAACCUCUGCUGGCUACUGAAUUGAUUCUAAAACCCGAAAAUGGCGUCCCGCUGCAGAUCAGGCGCAGAGCGCCCAAACAUAACUAA